AUGUCCAAAUGGUCUCUAAUAAACCGGCUAUUACAACUGCGUGUAAAUACAUGCGUGUGUGCAAUAGUAUGCCUUAUCGCACUAGUCCAAUUCUUCAUAUCAUACGGCGUUUACAACUACUCGCAUCUGGCUCCAGAGGUUAUAGAUAGCCAACUAUAUAAGCAGAUAACACCUAAAUUACAUCUACAGAAAACUAAACCUGAUUGUAAUUAUGAUGAGAUUCUAAACAAUAAGGAAACGGUUGACCCAUGGGAAGUACCAAAGACGAUUGAACAUUUUAGUGCUAAAGGUGUAGAUAAUGGGAGCUUUGUGCCUGCACACUGUAAUCCCUUGUUCAGUGUUGCUGUACUGGUGACAUACAGGAACAGGCAGAAGCAAUUGGAUGUAUUUCUGCCAUACAUGCAUAAUUUCCUUAGAAAACAAAAUAUUCAUUACAAGAUCUACCUGAUAGAACAACAAGACAAUAAGCCUUUCAACAAGGGUGUGCUGUACAACAUCGGUGUGAAGCAAGCAAUCAAUGACAAGUUCCCCUGUCUCAUACUCCACGAUGUGGACUUGCUGCCUUUAGACGCAAGCAAUCUCUACGCUUGCACGAAUGACCCUCGCCACAUGAGCGCUAGUAUUGAUAAGCUCAGAUAUGUACUCAUCUAUGACUUCUUGGUUGGAGGAGUGCUGGCUAUUAGAGCAGACCAGUAUGUGGCAGUCAAUGGGUUUUCAAGCAAGUUUGUAGGAUGGGGUGGUGAGGAUGAUAAUUUUGCAUAUAGGCUGUCUUCACAUAAUCUUAAUGUAGUCAGGUUCCCACGUGAGAUGUCCCGGUACACAAUGCUGUUGCAUCGACCGGAGUCCAAGAACUCCCAGCGUUACAACCUCAUUACCGAGAACGAACAAAUUGCUAGUGUAGAUGGACUCAGCGCUGUGCCCUACCACCACAGCAGGGUCAAGAACCAUAAAAUGUUUACACUUAUACAAGUUAACUUAUGA